AUGGCGGAGCUCGCGGACGAGUAUAUUUAUCAUGCAGCAAGCAGAAAUCUCAAUAUUUUUCACCUACGACAGUACUGGUGGCUUCGAACCCUCAGCUACGACGAUGGUUUUGGAGAAGGCAAGCACCGAGCGGACAUGGUCGACCUGGGCACCGACGUCAGCGGCAUAGGCAAGCGCGCUCAGAACAAAAAGGAGCUCACGCGCCCGAUCGUCCCCGACGUCGACAGGCAGGACUGCGUUAGGUUCGGCUCCUUCGAGCAAGCCAGAGUUCCCGGCAGAAAGCCAUGCAUCUUCGGAGACAGAUCGGGGGGAGUGCGCGGGGCAGAUCCCAUGGGCAGAAAAGUCGGCAUCGGAGUAGCAGCCACGAAGAUGAUCGACGGGGAGUGGAACAUGACAGCGGGCACGAUGGCAUAUCUACCUGGGCGGCGGCAGACGGCUCCUAGGGCAGAGUUCACAGCUUUCGCGAUCGCGAUCGAAGAGACUGUUGGAGAUAUCGCCUACGUCACGGACCACUACCCGUUGCUCAACGCUUGGAACAAAGGCAAAGCUCGAGACCCAGGGCGCGAUAAUAACGCAGGUAUAUGGGCACGCAUCGGGCGAGGCAUCACGGAUAACGAGCAACGGCACAUCGAGGCGGAGUGGACACCCUCCCAUCAGGACGACGACGAGGCGGAAGUGGUCAACCCGAUCUUCGCGGUGGGCAACAGCUUCGCGGAUGCAUUGGUGGCAGUCGCAGCAGAGCCGUCUUGGGAAAUGGUAUGUCAACAGCUGCCGCGCACGGACGAGUGGGAUGCGAUUCGCGCUCAUGUUCGACUCCGAGCACGACAGGCGCUGGCCGACCUGGCGGAUGCUGAUCCUUGGUGCGCCGAACGCGUCGACCUGCUAGUCGGCGACACCGUCGAGAUCUUCGGGCUGAAUGGCGCGAAGGAGCUGAACGGCCGACGGGGCGUCAUCGUUACGUUCGUGAGCGACACGCAGAGGUUCGGAGUGAAGCUGGAGGGCGACGAGGAGACGAAGGCAGUGAAGCCUGCGAACCUCAAGCGGCUGGAGGAGUACCCAAACCCAAACUUGACGAGGGACGCGCGCCAGCGCUGCUCCCUGGAGACGGAGCUGGCCAGCGUGAUGGAGAGGAUGAAGAACCCCGACCUGCCUCAUGACGAAGCGGCGUCGCUGAAGAGCGACCUGAGCAUACUGGUCCAGAAGCUCCGGCGCAUCGACGAGGCCGCGAAGGAGGAGGCC